AGCCAACCGGCCUUGACUGUUGCUUCGUGGCGCGGCCCCCAUCCACCACCACUCGGCCGGCGCGCGUCCAGAAGCAUCCCUCCGCCUCCCGUCCAGGCAACCCAUACCGACCGGGACCCGACCGAUUCCCGCACCACCACCAGCCUCGUCACCUUCUUUCUCCAUCGUCACCUUCCAUAUUCUUCGCAUCCUCCCAUACUUUCUCGCCUUUUAUCGCCGUCGAUCCGGGCGCGUGUUCGGUGUUCUUCAGUGUCCGGGGGGACUUUGGAGAGCAGAGGAGAAAAGAGAGAGUGCUGCGGCGAGCUCCGGCCGUGCCUGGCAGCGUAUCCGGCCGGUGCAUUCGCGUUGGUCGCUACCCCGGCUGAUAGCGCGCGGCAGCAGGGGAGGAGCUGCAAUCGAGGUUAACCAUGAAGUAUAACGCAAGGAAAGACGCGGGCGGCGGCGGCGGCGGCGCGCCGUUCGCCAUCCCGUGCGUCGACGUCAAGUCGUUCGUGGCCUCGCUCGCCUUCCUUACGCUCUUCGUGGCGUUCUGGCAGCUCCAGCCCUACGGCUCAAUGCUCACCGCGGCUCGCACCUCCGCGUCGUCCCCUUGCUCCCUCCUCGCCACCACCGCCGCCGCCGACCUCCCGUCUUAUAACGCCACCGCCGGCGCAGCCGCGGACACGAAACAGCCGGCGGCGGUUUCAGGUACCACCACAGCCGCUGCUAAUGCCGCCCACGUGCGUCUGGCGCGGCCGGCGCGGCCGGAGGAUCCGAACAAGCGGGUGCUCCGGCCGUACGGCAGCGCAGCGGCGCUGUUCGUGCAGAUGGGCGCGUACCGGGGCGGGCCGCGGACGUUCGCCGUCGUGGGGCUGGCGUCCAAGCCCACCCACGUGUUCGGCACCCCCUACUUCAAGUGCGAGUGGCUGCCCAACCCCACCGCCAGCGACCCCUCGCCGCGCCCCGUCCGGACCAAGGCGUACAAGAUGCUCCCGGACUGGGGCUACGGCCGCGUCUACACCGUCGUCGUCGUCAACUGCACGUUCCCGUCCAACCCCAACGCCGGGAACGCCGGCGGCAAGCUCCUCGUCCACGCCUACUACUCCACCGCCUCCCGUCGGUACGAGCGCUUCGUCGCUCUCGAGGGCGCCGGGCUCUACGACGAGUCCCGCUUCAGCCCGCCGUUCCAGUACGACUACCUCUACUGCGGCUCGUCGCUGUACGGCAACCUCAGCGCCAGCCGGAUGCGCGAGUGGGUGGCAUACCACGCUCACUUCUUCGGGCCCAGGUCGCACUUCGUGCUCCACGACGCCGGCGGCAUCAGCCCGGAGGUGAAGGCGGUGCUGGAUCCGUGGGUCAGGGCCGGCCGGGUCACCGUGCAGGACAUCCGGGCGCAGGCGGAGUACGAUGGAUACUACUACAACCAGUUCUUGGUGGUGAACGAUUGCCUGCACCGGUACCGGCACGCCGCCAAUUGGACCUUCUUCUUCGACGUCGACGAGUACCUUUACCUGCCUAAUGGGCAGAAGCUCGAUGAGGUGAUUGGCAAGCUCUCGGGGUACUCUCAGUUCACCAUCGAGCAGAAUCCAAUGUCCAGCAAGCUCUGCGUGGAGGAUCCAAGCAGAAAUUACUCAAGAGAAUGGGGAUUUGAGAAACUCGUCUUCCGCAACUCCAUCACCAAAGUUCGCCGGGAUCGCAAGUACGCCAUCCAAGCUCGAAACGCUUACUCAACUGGAGUGCACAUGUCGCAAAACGUCCGCGGGAGGACAACGCACAAGACGGAGAGCCUGAUCAGAUACUACCACUAUCACAACUCCAUCAACGUCAUGGGAGAGCCGUGCCGUGAGUUCGUCCCGAUGCCAGUUAACGGUAGCAAGAUCAUGUUUGAGAAGACCCCCUUCGUGUACGACGAUAGCAUGAAGCGAGUGGCGGGCGAGAUCAAGCGGUUCGAGAAGGAGACCAUCGGAUCAGUUCAGACAUAGUAGCAAGCUCGGCAACUGAAGGCUGACGGUACAUAUAUACAUUGACAUUCUUUGGAUGCUUCGGUUCAUGAGGACCCUCGAUCUGCUGCUGCUAUUGUGCGGCGUUGCAACUUCAUCUGGCCGGUCAAUGGUGGAUGGGCCUGUUAGGGGUGGUCCAAAUGGUGUAAAGUUUUGGUCUUUAUUGGCGUGACCUCUCUACAGAGUCGCUGCUGUUGCUGCAAUUUCUUCUCUUUACCUUGUUAUCCCUGUAUCCCUCACAUCUGUUUAUAGUUCUUCUAGCCUUUUACUACUAGAUUAAUUUAUUCCAAAUUCAGGAAGAAGAGGCAUUUCUGAUUCCUUCUCAA